AUGGCGGCGGUGGCUGUGGUUGACGUGGAGGACGAGAGCAUCUUGGCAUCUGUGUUUAAAGACAGUUUCCCGGAAAGCUGGAGGGACAACCCGGACUUUGCGGCUUAUCUGUCUGAACUGAGCUCGUUCGGGUUGGAGAAGCUUCGCAGAGAGCCAGAGAGACUGGCAGAGGACAGGGCCCAGAUCCUGCAUCAGACCCGGGACCUGGCCUUCUCCAACUACCAGACGUUCAUCCGGAGCGCGGACUGUACCCAUCACAUCUACAAGGACUUCGGGCGAGUGGAGAGCAGCGUGUGCCAUCUGCUGGAGACUCUACCACGCUUCGGAGAGAAAUGCAGGGCGUUCAUGAAGGAGGCAGAGCAGAUCGGAGCGAGCCGCCGGAUGAACAGUCUGACUCUGAACAGACACACAGAGAUCUUGGAGGUGCUGGAGAUCCCGCAGCUCAUGGACACGUGUGUGAGGAACAGCUACUAUGAGGAGGCGCUGGAGCUGGCGGCGUACGUGAAGAGGCUGGACAAGAAGCACGCCACUCUGCCCGUCAUACAGGGCAUCGUGCGAGAGGUGCGCCAGUCCACUCAGCUCAUGUUGAACCAGCUCCUGCAGCAGCUGCGCAGUAACUCGCAGCUGCCCGCGUGCCUCCGAGUCAUCGGCUACCUCCGCCGUAUGGACGUGUUCACCGAGGCUGAGCUGCGCGUCAAGUUCCUCCAGGCGCGCAGCACCUGGCUCAGCUCCAUCCUGUCCGCCAUCCCCGACGAAGACCCCUACUUCCACAUCACCAAAACCAUCGAAGCCUGCCGCGUGCACCUUUUUGACAUCAUCACCCAGUACCGCGCCAUCUUCUCCGACGAAGACCCGCUAGUACCCGCCGUUGGAGCCCAAGCGGCCGUCAACGAGCCCGCCAUUUUCCACGGAUGGGUCGUGCAGAAGGUGUCCGAGUUCCUGGCCACGUUAGAGCGGGACUUGGAGCGGGGGGUGGGCAGCAGGCUGGACUCGCUGCUCGGCCAGUGCAUGUACUUUGGUUUGUCUUUCAGCCGAGUCGGAGCGGACUUCCGUGGGUUGUUGCCGCCGCUUUUCCAGCGCGUGGCGGCCGAGAGCUUCCGGAAGUCAUUGAAGGAGGCGGCGGAGAGGCUGGAGGAGGAUAUGAACUCGUACACGUUGAUCUCGUUGUCGUCGGUGCUCGGGGGGACGAUUCCGGCCAUGCAGCCCACCACACAGCCCGGCACGCUCACGCCACCCAUGGCUCUCCUGGACUUCCAGCCGUUAGCCUGUUUUCUGAAUCACGUUCUUACCGCGUUCAACGACCUGAGGCUGUGCUGCCCCCUGGGACUGGCUCACAACGUCACCGCGGCUCUGGAGGAGGCACUGAAGCUGGUGACCCGCCAGAUCGUCGUCUUCCACCGCGCGGAGCAGACGGCCUUCAGCGACCGAGAGAAGGAGCUCUUUGUGAAGUUCUGCUCUGCGUUUGCCGACGACCUGCUGCCGUUUCUGAACCAGUGCCUCCAAACGCUGUUCCCCCCGAGUCAGCUCGCCCUCAUCCUCGGUCUACCUCCCACUCAGCUUCAAAAAUACGGUAAUCUGGGCCGGAUCAACAUCGCCGCCAUCACUGAACCUUUGGAGUUUGUUUUACCCAAAAGAGAGAUUUUGGAAGAUUCAGAUCCACUACUACCAGAGCUUGACCUGACUUUAGACCUGGGCAGUCUCAGUCUCGAGCCCCAAACCCAGGAGCCUGAAGCUGAAGAUUCCAAAACGCCUGAGCCAGAACCAGGCCCGGAUCUGGAUCCUGGGCCAGCGGCAGAUCCCACACUGGAGGAGAUACUCGGCCCUGAUCCGGGUUUACAGAGUCCGUCAGACGACACGCAGACAGAGACGGAACUGGAUGAAGACAUUGAGGAGUUGUUGAAGUGA